GCUAUGGGUGCGCCGUGGGAGAGGCGCUUCGAAAUCGUAUGUGUGACGACUGCGUGGACACUUGUUACGGCGCUUGUGGCGUCUUCAUGGUCGCUCACGUUUUCUUCAAUGGGUUGUCUGCUUUGAUGACGGGAAAAGGCGUCGUGAUCACUAUUGUGGACACUUGUAUCUUCGAGUUUCUCGCUUCUCUCGUCAUCCCGACAUUUAUCAGCUACAACACGCGACGCAUAGUGAGGAAAAUAGUCCACAAUGUGCGUGAUACGCCAGUGCCAGUGAUCAAAUGGGGUCCUACAGUGGCCGCUCUGCUAGCCCUGGCUGUGUCUAUGAAGCCUGUGGAUGGCGUGGUGGACUUGAUGCUCUCUGCUACCAUCAGUUUUGUGAUCACACCGAAAUAUGCACAUACGCUACUUCUCCGUCGGGGGUUGUUAUGUACCGAUAUCGGUACUAAAUACAUACAUUCGUACUUUUAAGAAUAUAAGAAAGUAGGCUACUGCUAAAAGAAAGUCUCCCUCUCGCACACUUUCACGCCCCGACCCCACCCCCUUUUUAAUGGGGUUGAAUUAACAGCAUCUAAACUUAGAAGAUACAUUAUUACCGACUCUUCGAAUUCUCGUGCUCAUAGUUUCUUGUAGUUUUCUCAAAAACUAAUAUUAACUACAAUGGUUAUAGUUUCGCACUAGGGAACUAAAAGUUCAAGAAGAGCAGUCAAAACAUUAGAAUCUGGUCAAUAUAAAUUUGAUUCACUUUCGAAACUGAAAA